AUGGCCGACAAGGAAGCGAAGGAGAGGAGCAAGCCGCUGCCGAUGAGGUAUGCGGACAAUCGGCGCGUGCUGGACCGGCCCGACCACCUGAGCGGCAUACGGCUCACCGGGGACGACCUCACCGACACCCUCAUGGAGGAGGAGCGCGAGGAGCCGCACUUCCACACCACCCUCCUCUCAGACCGAAAGACGGACCUGCCAGACACGGGCCUCGGGUCAGGCCACCAUAAGUACCACAACGUGCCGGCGACCGACAUCGACCACUACGUGCGCCAUCCCGAUGAGGACUCCAACAAGGCGCACCUGGAGGUAGUGAGGGACGCCACCACCGGGGCGCCGCGGCUGAUGCGCAAGCCACUCAACGCUGAAGACUGA